AUGUGUUCUAGUUUUGAUUACGCUUUUGCAAAGCGAGCCUUCCGUAGUAAAGAAGGAGGGUUUCAAAAUACAGCAAAUGUGACGGAUGAGGACAUAGAGGCAUAUAAGUAUAACUUCUCACGACCAGGACGAUUAACUGCUGCAAUCAACUAUUACAGAGCUAAGUUUUUUUAUCCACCAAAACCUUCUCCUGAAGGUAAACUGAAAGUACCCACACUUGUAAUAUGGGGUGAAGCUGAUCCAGUUCUAGAAAAGGAAAUGAAUAACAAUCUCAGCCGAUAUGUAGAAAAUGUGACCUACAGGGGUGUUGCCGCUAGCCAUUGGGUUCAACAGGAUGAACCAGCUCAAGUUAAUCAACUGAUGCGCACUUUUCUGGAAAGAAAAUCUUGA